AUGACGAAGUAAAACGGAGUAAGUGUUUCUGGGACAGCUGUAAAGUCCGCAGGUAAAAAGAGGCAUGCAAUCACCAAAGACAGGUAACUACAGCUUCAGCACAGAACGCUCCGAGAAGCUGUUUGCGCCCUCUACAGUCCUCCCGCGUCACAGCGCUCCGCAGGCUGACAGAAACACAGCGAGGAGGAUCACAGAGACAGGCUCUCGGCUUCCUCCUCCCCUUCAUUCAGCUCAAUGGCGGAACGUUCCGAAGAUGACGUCACGGCGCCUCGAAUCCCGUGUCGCUCCGCUUCCGAAGGAAAGGAAAAGCAACAAGAAGGAAGAGCAAUGGCGACACUGGAUCGCAAAGUGCCCAGUCCGGAGGCGUUUCUGGGCAAACCGUGGUCCUCUUGGAUCGACGCCGCCAAAUUACACUGCUCUGACAAUGUAGACCUAGAAGAAACUGGAAAAGAGGGUGGAAAAAGCAGGGAGGUUAUGAGGCUUAAUAAGGAAGAUAUGCACUUAUUUGGUCAUUAUCCAGGUCAUGAUGACUUCUAUUUGGUGGUGUGUAACGUCUGCAAUCAGGUAGUCAAGCCACAAGUUUUUCAGUCACAUUGUGGGUUGUUGCAUCCUGACCAGGUGGGGUUUGUUCCUAAAAGACAGAUCACUGAUAACGUCAGUAGGGUUUUCCAACUGGUUCAGCAACGUCAUCGUUCCAAGACCCCAGAAAGAAGACACGGUUCAAUGUGCAAACCUUCACCAACACCAGCUUUGUCUCCCUCUAACAUUAAAACAUCACUUGUACAGAUGAAACCGAAACCUUGUAUGAGCAGCCAUAACCCUGUCAACAGCAACUCAAAGCCAUUCAAAGCACCCAGAGACAAUCUACUUACCUCCAACAACAAACAGCACACAGCAUUUUCCUCUAAAGUAUCAAGAGAUAAACCAUGUGUCCCAGUACCAGUAGUCAGCCUCGAAAAAAUACCAAACCUGGUUAAAGCAGAUGGUGCCAAUGUUAAAAUGAACUCUGCCACCAACUGCUCCUCUACAGCAGCCUCUACUUCCUCUUUACCCAAGCAGCCAACAGUGCUGAAAACAGUGCCACAUUCACCAGAGAAGAUAUUGAAUGGGAAGGGGUUAGGCACUUUAGAAAGGAAGCACCAAAAUGGCACCAAAAACAGCAACAAGCCUUACAAAAGACUUUCAGAAAGGGAAUUUGACCCAAAUAAACACUGCGGUGUAUUGGAUCCUGAGACCAAGAAACCAUGUACAAGAUCGCUAACAUGCAAGACGCAUUCACUUAACCACCGGCGAGCAGUACCAGGUCGUAAAAAACAGUUUGACAUCCUCCUUGCUGAGCACAAAGCUCGGUCAAGAGAAAAAGAAGUAACGAAAGACAAAGAACAUGCCCCAUCCUCACGAGAAACUUAUCAGAGCCAGCCCACACCAGCACAAGAACAGUCAACAGGAUCAGCUGUAAACUCUGUUCAGGAACCAAAAGUGACAUCACCUGCAAAAGCCAGGCCUCAGAAUUCUGUCUUACCUAGACCAACAUCUGCAAAUAGCAUCAACAGUGCAAGUUCAUCAAACCACAGUGCUUUUGUUCCAGAGCCCCCAGUCAGUUCUGUUGGGGGAGAUCUGGCUAGUCGGCUCUCCAGUGAUGAAGGGGAAGUUGAAGGUGUUGAAGAGGCAGAGAAACUGGACUGUUACUUUUCUGGACAUCAUCCUAAACCUUUAGCGUUUUGCUCAUUUGGCAGUCGCUUAAUGGGGCGGGGGUACUAUGUGUUUGAUAGACGAUGGGACCGUUUCCGUUUCGCAUUAAAUUCCAUGGUGGAGAAACACUUGAAUUCACAGAUGUGGAAAAAAAUUCCUCCAGCCGCAGAUAGUCCAAUGCCUUCUCCAGCAACGCAAGUCAACUGUUCUUUCCCUGCAUCUGUUCUGCAUCCUUUCAGCAACUCAAAUUCAGUAUAUCUUUCCUCCCCUGCAACCAAUUCUAGAACCUCUUCCUCAUACAUGGUAACCUCUGGCAUGUUAACCAACAUGGCAGCUGAGACAAACUCGGUCACAUCGCACCCCAAUGCUUUUCCACAUGCGACAGGCACUCUAAAUGUUGUGGACUCUUUUAAAUCGCCUUCAUCUGUUUCCCCUGUGCCAACCUUCACCCCUUCACCAUCUCAAAAGCCUUCAAAAACAAAGCCUAACAAGUCAUCAAAAAUCAAAGAUUUGUCUUCACGGAGCGAAGAGCUUUCAGGUAACAGAAAGAAAAAGCCUCAAACAACUUCCUCCUCUACCCCCUCUUCAUUACCUUUACAGACGUCCUCCACGUCUUCGUUUUCAGGGUCCCAUAAGAAAAACUGUGUGUUGAACUCUAACUCGGGGUUGAACUCCUAUCAAGCGACUUCUUCCUAUAACUGUGUCUCUGUACACAAUGCAAACAAUGGAACAAGCCCACUGAGUGCCAAAUUGGAACCCCCAGGAAGGACUUCUUUAUCUGGUGGCCCAGCAGACUCUAUAAGACAUAUGAGUAUGGUUGUUAGCAGUAUUGACUCAAGCCUGUCAGUAUCUUCCCUUGUACACCACCCAGGGGAACACACACUGGCAGCACACAAUGCCAUGUCUUCAAUGCCACUUACAUUUGAUAAAUCAGAGGGUAAAAAACGUAAAAACUCUAGUGCAAGCAGCAAGGCCUGCAAAAUCACUAAAAUGCCUGGUAUGAACAGUGUUCACAAAAAGAACACCACCAACCUUAUAUCUUCUGUGCCAGAUACCCAAAACAGCUCUCUCAGUCGACAGAUGGGGAAAAGUAGCAGUGUAGCUUUGUCACAAUCUACUCCUUCGAGUACAUCGAGUCCUGCACAUAACAAACAAAAGACAUCAAAUCGCACUGGCAGGAUAAGAACGGUUCCAUGACAGUGGGAGAAAACCAGUCAAUCACCUUUAGAUCUAAGCAGCCGUACUCCACAAGCUCUUCUUUCGCCCUGUGCAGGGACAAUGUCGCCUUUUCUCAUUACCUGGUGGAGACACGUUUUUCUAAAGUUUACAGAACCAAACUGGGUGUUUUUGCUUUGCCACUUUUGGUUACCACUGGUUGGUGCAUUCAUUUUUCUCUAUACAACUCCUGCUUCAGAGCCUUAAAGGUGAAUAUGAAAAAAGUGAUAAAAGCUACCAGCAUGCUUUAUUUUCCUUUAUGUUGAUAAUGCUGGAAGCUGUAAUCUAGCAACAACCAGGUCAUGCAAAAUGCAUUAAGAAGGCCUUCUCUCUUGAGGUAGCUUCAUCAGAUGCAGCUUUUCUUUCACUCAUUUGCUAAAAGCUAAUGUCUAAAUGGCCACAAGGAAUUCUAGUCAUUGGAUAUCCUCGAGUCCUAUUUUCUUGAUGUUUUACUCAAACAUUACAGCUAUGGCAGAAGAUCACCAUUGUAGGUGUGCAGGUCCAUAUUUAGCCAUAAGCCAUGUUUGGUUACCAGUAGAGCAAAGAUGUAUGGCUUAAAGAUCCCUAGCCUUUGUUUAGGGUGUACUAGCACAUACUAAGGCUUUUGAUGCAUAAAUAAUAAUUAUCAGUCUCUCUGCUAUCAUGUUCUACAAUAGCAUAUUAGCAAUAGCCUCAAAUUGUAUUUGACUGACAUUCAGUCUUUUCAGUCCCCCACCCACUGCACUAAAAUGAUACCCUUUAACACUGUUUCCCUUGUGGCUUUUAGUUAGCUGACCCCUGAUAUAGAUAUGCUCAUCAAAAUACUGAAACUGGUGUGCCUUUUAAUCUGCAUCAAUUUCACAAACUAACACAUAAUUACCUUGUGUUUAGCACAUUUUGUAGAUGAACGGUAUCAGGAAGUAUGUCUGCUUUUCCUAAGCCCCUUUCUUUAAAUAGUUCCAUUGCUGUGGAACCAACUAAUCUUAUGAAUUAAACAUUAUUUAUUAGCAAAUGGUAAAACAGAAUUCCCACCCAAUUUCCAUUAAUUGACUGAGACAGUCAGGCAUAUUAUCACUGUUGAGUUAUUGUAAGUCUGUUGGACAGAAUACAAACAAGCAACCUUCUUUGUUGCCCAUAGCCGAUGUGAUCUUUGGCAAGCAAUGCAAAUUGGAGCUUUAAUGUUUUCCAACACUAAUUAUCAUCUAACUACUUUAGUCAAGUUUUUGCAUCUAAUUGUCCAAAUUUAAGGAUUUAUUAACGUUGUCCAUAAUCUCACCCUUAUGGUGACAGACAUAGCUUCUCAAUUGUUGGAAUCAAAUAGGUUUGACCAGUCCGUUUACUUGCAUAACCAUAAGGAUAUAUUAUACAGAAUCCUUUUCUCAUGGAGCGAAGAGCAGCAAACAGGUCUCAGCCAUUAAAUAUACACAGAAGGCUAUUUUGUCUUAUUUUACCUUUAAUGCUGCAGUUUUUCCCAGCACAGCUACUGAAUUCUUGAAAAGAUAUAAUAAUGUUUUGAAAGACGGGAAGAUAAAAUGUUAGUUGAGCUAGCUGUAUUUAGGAGCAAUGUAUGUGUGUAUCUGCCUUUGCAAAUGGAGAGAACCAAUUAUUAGGACUCAAAUACAUUCAUUCUUACAUGCUAAAGACGGGUUCUACAAAACAUCUUCAAAUGUUCUACUAUAUCUUGUUAUAAAUUAUUUGGGACAAAUUCCAUAGUCCCUAAAGCACUUCUGUGUCUUAUUCUAAUCUCUCUCUCUUAAAUUUAAACAUGAAAUGCUCUAGGCCUGUGAGAGUCAUUUGCUUAUAUACUCAUUACAGCAUGUAAGAGUAAAUGCACUAGAGGAGUUGGCUCCUUGAAACAGCAGGUUGUAUGAAAUAUAUCACUGAUACUAUUUUGCCUAUUUGGUAGUAAAGAGGUUGAAGUAGUGAUUUUCCAAAUGCCUCACCCACCCUCCCAUUUUUAAUUUCCUCCCUUUUACCUUCAUUUACUCCGGGUAAAAGAUGUUAUGUUUUUUAAAGUUCAUUUGUAGGAAUUAAGGGGCCAAAAAUCAUGACUCCAUUUUUUAUAUUAGUAUAUACGUACAAAUAUUUGUAUGGUACUUUGGGUGAAGUGGGUAUUUGGAAAUUGCUUGCUAUUGGGGGGGUUGACCGUUUCUGGGGUCUGUUUCUGGGGUCUUGUUUCAUCUUACAACUAAGUGUAGGACUACACAGACGUUUUUGGCGCGAUCCGACGCGCUGAAACAAAACUCCUGUGACAAAUCACAUGCGACAGAAAUAAGGUAAGUGAAUGCAUUGUUGGAUGGUGUCGCAGUGUGCAUCGUCUGGAUCCAACAGUGGUGCCAUGUUGGAUCAACGCUGCGACUUCAUCCGACAAUACAUUCACUUACCUUAUUUCCGUUGCAUGUGAUUUGUUGCACGCGUCUUGUCGCAGUGCGUUGGAUCACGACGAAAUGAGCAGAGUGCUGGAAUAGAGACACAGGGUACCACUGAGGCCUGACUAAAUAUUGCCUAUUAGAAAGUUGGUAAGGAGAGCAGCUUUGAACCUCUUUACUGCCAGAGGCAGCUAUCUCUACAUGAUGCGUGAAACCUCAGGUGUGUGAAUCACUCGGAUUGAUAGAAUUGCACUUUUCUUUCUAGCAUACAAUUCUGUUCAGUGUUUAUGUUUUAGCUUUCACAAAAGGUUCCACAACAUCAGCCCAAAUCCAACUUGUUUCUGUUUCUACAGUGUUAAAAGUGCACUUAAUACGCUGGCAUGGAAAGUUACAUGCUCCUCUUUCUUUACUGCUUUCUACAUACAGUACCAAUAUUCUGCAAAAGCAAUUCCAAAACAGAGCUAAGAUCGUUCAGGGGAAAAUAUUAAGGCAGGACUGUCAUUCACACUCUCCAGCAUUCUUCAUCAUCUGAUGAUGUUGGGAAUUGCACUUUUCAACAUCAGCUGGACCAGGAGUUUGACGCCACCUGCAUUAAAGAUACUAAAGACUCUCUUGUUUGAUGUUAAUUUUGUAGAAAUUUAUGGUUUACUAUAUUACUGAGAUAAUUGACUGGGCUAGUUUCUGAAAUGUAUAGAAACUAAAUUCAAAGCAAUGUUUAUAUUUUCUUUAAUAUACUUUGAAUUAUGUUGUAUAUUUCUUCAGAUGGAAAUAAUCUGUACAUAUCGUGUUUAUUUUUUUGUUGUUUUUUUUACGAGGUUUAGAAUGUUAAGUAUGUUCAUUUUCCUAUUUAUUUAUUUACAUUUUUUUCUCGGGGGGGGGGUGAUUUUAAACUUGUUAAAAUAAUGAAAAUCUUGCCACUUCCCUUGCUGCUCUACAUUCCUUUCUCUGAAAUGUCUCACCCUUCCUUAACCAUAAAAUUGUUAUUUCCGGCUACUUGAGGAAGCGGAAUACCAUCAAAUAAGGAUGCCUAAAUGAUUUCACAUUGCAUGACCAGGCUUGUGUAAAAUGAGUCCCAAAGCCCAUGUCUGGCCUGCAUUGUAGUUGGGGUGCCACAAUCUGUCCUUUCUCUCUUUUUUUUCUGUCCAAUACCAUAAAGAGAGUUUGACACUGCUGUGCAUUAAAGAGCCAUUGUGCAGAGUGCCUUGGUGUUAUGUACAGACUGUCUCUGUACUUUGCAAUUCCAAAUGUUUUUUUAAUUAUUUGAUGGAAACUUUAAGAAUACAUGUGGUAUUUCCCACUUGAAAGUGCUCAUAUAAUUUGGUUUAAUGGGUAGAUAAUCUGCCCAUGUUAAGCCGACGUUGGCUUGAUUUAUCCUUAUUCCUUAUCAUCAACCAACCAACUGAAUUUGUUGUAAUCAUUUCCCAAAGCAGUCCCUUAGAAGAGAAGUGCCAUGGCCUCCCUCUAUGUUAUUGGAAUAUUACAUUUUCAAUUCUACAGUCAUGCCCAUCAAUUUG